AUAGCACUCCACUGCACCUGUAAAAGCAUCCUACAUAUUAGCAAACUUUUUUGAUUUUGUCAAGAUGUUAAUGAUUCCAAAAUAAUUGUUGAAUCUGAGACACUUCAUUCACGCUUCAAUUAUUUCUUGUGUGUCAAUCAACGAGUUUCAUCUGAUCUUGUUUGAGCUUAUCUUCACUGAAUUUUUUGUUGGGGAGGUCAGGCUGUGAGGGCAAGGUUUGUUCUGAAUCUUGUUGCAUUAUUUUGUUAUCGUGAAAAAAUUUCAUCAAUCAAUCAAUUUGAACGGUGAUUCUUCCAUCGAUAUCAAUACAGUAGAACCCUCAUUCGUUCAGGGGUCAGGCUGCUAAAUUGGGCGAGUUCCGAAUUCAUAUCUUGCAAGCGCAUGUUUCUGAGUUUCUUAUUUGUCUAUCAUUUCUGUCCAUUUGGGCCUGCAAUUUGUUUGCAAUGGAGAACCAGGGUGCAUCAGAAGGGAGGGAAAAUGCUGAAAGGCGCAUUGAGCGCCUAAGCUCUCAUUUGGGAGCGCGGGCCUUGAUCAAAGAGAAUCAAUUAGCCAUGGUUUCCUGUGCCAAAGUAAUGGUGAAGUUCCCUGUGAGCUCUGUAGUUCUAGCGGACUACAUGAAGGGUGAUCACAAAUGUAUUGAGGAGAAGAUUUUUCAGUAUUUCAGAGAUCACCCAGAGUUGCAAACUCCAGUUGAGAUACCCAAGGAUGAACACAGGGAGCUGACAAUGAGACAGCUUAAAGGACUCGUCAGAGAUGCCGGGAUUAGACCUCUCAAAUAUCUUCUGGAGGAUCCAGCUCAAUACUUUGCAGUCACUGAGGCGGCAGGUGCCAUCGAUCUUUCCCUUGGAAUAAAAUUGGGGGUGCAAUUCAGUCUUUGGGGGGGGAGUGUUAUGAAUUUGGGCACUCAGAGACACCGAGACAAGUACUAUGCUGCAAUUGACAAUCUGGACUAUACAGGUUGUUUUGCUAUGACUGAAUUGCACCACGGUUCAAAUGUUCAGGGCAUCCAGACAACUGCAAAAUUUGAUCCAAACACAGAUGAAUUUGUCAUCAACACACCAAAUGAGGGAGCAACUAAAUGGUGGAUAGGUAAUGCUGCAGUCCAUGGAAAGUUUGCCAGUGUAUUUGCAAGGCUGAUCUUGCCAAGUGAGGAAUGUGCUCAUGGUCUUGAUAUGGGAGUACAUGCCUUCAUUGUACCUAUCAGAGACAUAGAGUCUCAUAAACCUCUUCCUGGGGUUGAAAUCAGAGAUUGUGGCUACAAGGUUGGCCUGAAUGGAGUGGACAAUGGAGCAUUGAGGUUUCAUUCAGUUAGAAUUCCACGAGAAAAUCUGCUCAACAGAUUUGGGGAUGUCUCUAGAGAUGGACAGUACACAAGCAGCCUCCCAACAAUAAAUAAAAGAUUUGCUGCAACACUUGGAGAGCUUGUUGGGGGAAGAGUAGGCCUUGCUUGUGGGUCAGUUGGGGUUCUCAAAAUGGCUGUUACAAUAGCAGUCCGCUAUUCAUUACUUCGGCAGCAGUUUGGUCCUCCUAAACAACCUGAGAUUAGCAUUUUAGACUACCAAUCUCAGCAACAUAAACUCAUGCCUAUGCUUGCCUCUGCAUAUGCAUUUCAUUUUGCGACAGUAUAUUUGGUAGGAAAAUAUGCUGACAUGAAAAAAUCACUAGAUGAACAGGUGAUUGCAGAUGUUCACGCACUCUCUGCUGGUCUAAAAGCCUAUGUGACUUCCUAUACAGCAAAGUCUCUGAGUGUCUGCAGAGAAGCAUGUGGAGGGCAUGGGUAUGCUGCAGUUAACAGAUUUGGAAUUUUACGCAAUGACCAUGAUAUUUUUCAAACCUUUGAAGGAGACAAUACUGUUUUAUUACAGCAGGUUGCUGCUGAUCUUUUGAAGCAGUACAAAGAAAAGUUUCAAGGUGGGACGUUUAAUGUCACCUGGAACUAUUUGAGAGAUACGAUGAGCACAUAUCUCUCAGAAGCAAACCCAGUUAUUGCUCGGCGAGAAGGAGAGGAUCACUUAAGAGAUCCCAAAUUCCAGCUGGAUGCAUUCAGAUACCGGACAUCAAGGUUGCUACAUAGUGCUGCCGUACGUCUCAGGAAACACUCAAAGACACUUGGCAGUUUUGAGGCAUGGAAUCGAUGCUUGAAUCAUUUGUUGAUACUUGCUGAAUCACAUAUAGAGUCUGUGAUACUUGCAAGAUUUAUAGAGAUUGUUAACAGCUGCAAGGACAGGAAUGCCCGUGCAGUAUUGAAGCUACUAUGUGAUCUUUAUGCUUUGGAACGUAUUUGGAAGGACAUUGGAAGCUAUAGGAAUGUUGACUAUGUAGCACCGAACAAGGCUAAGGCAAUUCUUCGACUUACUGAGUACCUUAGUUUUGAAGUGAGGAGUGUGGCAAGAGAACUUGUCGAUGCAUUUGGAAUUCCAGAUUUUGUUUUGCGUGCACCUAUUGGCAUGCAAUCUGGACAGUACACAGAAUACACACAAUUUGUUGGUUUCUGAUUUAGAAAAUUUAAAGUUAAAAAAGAGUCUUAACUGUAUUUAAACAUUGGCUAUUUUUUCCUCCAAAAGGUCAUAAUUUUAACAAAGAAAAAAAGGUGAAGAUGUUCUUCACUAGCAUUUUGGCUAUAUAGUUGAACAAGAAGUUUGACUGUAUUUAAACAUUAGCUAUUUUUCUCCCCAAAAAUCAUAAUUUUUAAAGAAAGGAAAAGUUGAAGAUA